CGGCCACAACGUUGGCGUCCUGUGACAAUUGUCAACUGUCAAAAAUUGUUCGCGGGCAAAAUAACAAUACACCGUUGUAAAUGAAAAUCCGACGCCAAUUUUUUACGUAAUAUCUCGCCGCGUUGAUGAUUUUUGCCCAAAAGUGACCUUUCUCUGCAUCUAGUUUAAUUUCUGGACACCCCAGAGCCUUUUCGGACCGCCUGCCACAGUCAGCAUUCCUAACCUAAAAAUCAAUUGUUGAUCGUUAUUUGGAAUUACUAGAAUGGCUAAAGUUCAGCUUUGUAAUAUCACAGUCAUGGACAAUCCCAGUCCGUUCUCGAACCCCUUUCAGUUCGAAAUCACUUUUGAAUGCAUCGAGGAGCUCAAAGAAGAUUUAGAGUGGAAGAUGAUUUAUGUUGGUUCGGCGGAAAGCGAAGAGUAUGAUCAGAUUCUGGACUCGGUUAUGGUGGGCCCCAUUCCUGAGGGGAAACACAUGUUCGUGUUCCAGGCGGACCCCCCUAACGUGACUCGUAUCCCUGAGAAUGACGCUAUUGGGGUGACUGUGGUGCUGCUCACUUGCUCGUAUCGCUCGCAGGAGUUCAUCCGGGUUGGCUACUUUAUUAAUAACGAGUACACGGACCAGGAGCUGCGCGAGAACCCGCCGAGCCCCCCGCAGUUCGAUAAGGUCGUUCGGAACAUUCUGGCUUCGGAGCCUCGCGUGACGCGCUUCAAGAUCAACUGGGAGGAACCGAACGCUCAGGAGAACGGGGCUGCGGCAGCGGAGCCCCCGGCCGCCGCCCCCGUGGAGGAAACCCGCGUCGAGCCGCCGGCGUUCAACGAAAACUCGAACUCGUGGGCCGCCAUGGAGUGCUCCUAAUAUUGUAUAUAUAGCGCUAAGUCUAGGGUAUUUUUGUAUUUAUUUGUUGUAUUGAGAAUAAAGUUUUGCAUAUUUUCAA